GGAGAAGAUUCAGCAAUUCCUCUUCCUUUGUUUCUGUCUGAAAUCUGUUGUCCACAUGUCCUUCCUUUUCUACACCUUCAUCCUCACUCUCGGUUUCAUAAACACACCCAUAAUGGAAAUCAUGCAAAACUUGAAAAAAAAUUAAUAAAAUUAAAUAAAAAAACAGAACUUGAUGAAAUGGCUCCUCUCUUCUCCCGAAGUUUCCACUGUCUCUGGUUUCCAUGCUGCAAUCUUCCACCAAAAUCUUCUGAAAGGCUUCGAAAUUAUGCUCCAAUUCCUCUUCCCAAGCAGUGGAUGAGCUUAACCCACCGUACCCAUGUGCUUCACAAUGCUACUUCUUCGCCAAACUCUGUUCCUGAAGAUUUUGAUAUUCUCUCUUCAACUGAGCGUUCUGAUGGUAGUUUUGUGUUCCGGUUCGCUAAUGCUAGCGAGAUUAGAGAAAAAUUAGAUGAAUUGAACAGAGAAAAACUUGCUCGUGAGAGUAUUGAGAAAGAGGGCAAAGCUGUUUUGGUGAGUGAAAGUGUUGAAAAAUUGAACACUGAGGUUGAUCGCACUUUAGGGGAUGAAAGUGAGUUUUCUUCAACUGUAGUAGUUGGUGUUGCUGAUCAAAAUCAUCAGAUUCUCGUGAAUGAAAAGGAGGGUGUUAUUUCUUAUAGCGAUUCUGGGACACCAGUGAUCAAUGAUUCACAGAAAGUCAAUCGACAAUUGAAGUUGGAUUCCGUGGAGGAUGGUGAUGGUCAACAUGGAAUUUUAGGUGAAGAUGUUGGUGCUGAGUGUAAUAGUGUCCUGGUUGAGGACGGUUCUGAACUUGUUAGUUACCAAGAAGCUGUAGUUUCAACUGUUGCUUCUGAGUUUGAUGUAGUUUCUGAUCUGAACAGUGGCGCUUAUGCAAACGUUGAGGAGGAAGAAAAAGCUGGCAAGGGUUAUGGUGAAGAUGGAGCAACAAACAACCUGACUGCUGCUGUUGAUGCUGGCUUAAGUGAAAUGGUGCCAGAAUCAACUUCUUUAGAGUCUGAAGAAGUUGAUUAUCAAGCAACAAACGACCAGAUUGCUGCUGUUGAUGCUGAUGUAAGUGAAUUGGUGCCAGAAUCCACUUCUUUGGAGUCUGAACAAAUUGGUUAUAGUGCAACAGAUAACCAGACUGCUGUUGUGGAUGGUGAAUUAAGUGAAUUGGUGCCAGAAUCGACUUUUUUAGAGUCUGGACAAGUUGUAUAUGGUGAAAAAAACAACCAAACUGCUGUUGUGGAUGCUGAAUUAAGUGAAUUGGUGCUGGAAUCGACUGCUUUAGAGUCUGAAGAAGUUGGAUAUAGUGCCACAUACAACGAGACUGCUGCUGUGGAUGGUGAAUUAAGUGAAUUGGUGCCGGAAUCUACUUCUUUAGAGUCUGAAGACUCUGAACAAGUUGGUUAUAGUGCAACGAACAACCUUAUUGCUGCUGUGGAUGCUGAAUUAAGAGAAUUUGUGCCAGAAUCCAUUUCUUUAGAGUCUGAACAGGUUGGUAAAAGUAAAACAAAGAACCCAAUUACUACUGCUGUUGAUGCUGAUGUAAGCGAAUUGGUGCCAGAAUCCACUUCUUUAGAGUCUGAACAAGCUGGUCAUAGUGAAACAAACAAUCUGACUGGUGGUGUUGAUGCUGACUUGAGUGAAUCGGUGCCAGAAUCCACUUCUUCAGAGUCUGAACAAGUUGGUUAUAGUGAAACAAACAACCAAACUGCUGCUGUUGAUGCCGACUUAAGUGAAUUGGUACCAGAAACCACUUCUUUAGAGUCUGAACAAGUUGGUUAUAGUGAAACAAACAACCAGACUGCUGCUGUUGAUGCCAACUUAAGUGAAUUGGUGCCAAAACCCACUUCUUUAGUGUCUGAACAAGUUGGUUAUAGUGAAACAAACAACCAGACUGUUGCCGUUGAUGCCGACUUAAGUAAAUUGGUGCCAGAACCCACUUCUUUAGAGUCUGAACAAGUUGGUUAUAGUGAAACAAACAACCUGAUUGGUGAUGUUGAAGCCAACUUAAGUGAAUUGAUGCCAGUAUCCACUUCGUUACAGUCUCAACUAGUAGCAAAUGAAGAAGAAAAAACUCACCUCAUUGUGGAUGACUCAAUUGAUACAAGUAAAAUGGGAAAUUCAGAAUUGUUACAUGACGUGGUUCCAUCCUCAGAUUUGGAAAACAACAUAGAUGUUGGCAAUACUGAAAGAAGUGAUUAUGAAAGCACAUCACAGCUUACUUUGCCACAGAUACAUUCAGUUGAUAUGGCUAGUAAUGGGGAAAAAAUGUCAAGAACGGAGCUUUUCCUGAUUUCUGGUGCUGCUUGCUUGCCUCAUCCCUCUAAGGCAUUGACAGGUCGAGAGGAUGCUUAUUUCAUUUCUCACCAAAACUGGCUAGCAGUGGCUGAUGGAGUUGGCCAGUGGUCAUUUAAUGGGAGCAAUGCUGGACUGUAUACCAGGGAGCUCAUGGAAAAAUGUGAAAAUAUUGUGUCAAAUUAUGAAAACAGUUCAGCGAUAAAACCUUUGGAAGUUAUCACCAGAGGUGCUGCUGAAACACAAUCUCCAGGAUCAUCUGCAGUUUUGGUUGCUCAUUUUGAUGGACAGGUCCUUCAUGCAGCCAAUGUUGGGAACACUGGAUUUAUCAUUAUAAGAGAUGGUUCCAUCUUUAAAAAAUCAACUCCAAUGUUUCAUGAAUUCAACUUUCCAUUACAUAUAGUUAAAGGUGAUGAUCCCUCGGAACUCAUUGAGGGGUACAAAAUCGAACUACAAGAUGGUGAUGUGAUAGUAACCGCCACAAAUGGCCUUUUCGACAAUCUUUAUGAGCAAGAAAUAGCAUCAAUUAUAUCAAAAUCACUUCAGGCUAGCUUGACACCUCAGUUGCAGGAAAUAGCAGAAUUCUUGGCGAUGAGAGCACAAGAUGUUGGAAGAUCAACAUCCACAAGAAGUCCUUUUGCUGAUGCAGCCCAGGCUGUGGGGUAUGUGGGAUAUAUUGGUGGCAAGCUUGAUGACGUAACUGUUAUAGUGUCAUUAGUUCAACCUAGCUAGCUAGUUACCUCUUUCUCAUUCUUUUGACAUGUUAUCUAUGUUCCAUGUGUACAUACAAAACAACAGUUUUGUGAAUUUAUCUUCAUAGUCAUGAGUUAUUAUUUUUUCUCGUUAUA